AUGAAAUGGAAUUUUUUAGGGGAAUUCAUAAGUUUGAUCAUUUAAACCAAUCUAUCACCAUCAUUAAAUAAUUCCUAUUUCACAACUUUUUAGAUAACAGUCUACUAUUUGUAGUUAACAUAUUUCUUAAUAAGCGAAAAUCAUGAAUACAUUUAUCGUUUAAUUAAUGCAUUGUCGAAAAUUAGUUUGAUAACUCCAAUAUUUAUAGAGGCAUAUGAAAUCAACAUAUUGAUUGGAGUGAUUAUCAUUUUAAUAAAUUUCAUUCCAUACCUUAUUGUGAUUUAUCGAAGAAUUAAGAAUGUGAAUAAGAAGGUAGGUAAUAUAUCUAAGAGCAUACUACAAGUAUGAAUAUAAUAAUAUUCUUAGAUCUCAACUAUGAUAAUUAACUUUUAUUUUUUAUAUUUCACUUGGUUUCUGUAUUUGCCUCAAUUAUAUUAUAUUGGAUGGAAUUUGGGCCAAUCAGAUACCAGACUUGUGAUUUUAGCUAUAAUAGUUCUAAUAAUAACAAUAUUGAGUCUGACUAUUUCGAAUGUCUAUUUUGUUAAUUUCGAAUUCAAUGAACAACAUUUAAGGAAACACUUUUCAUACAACAAUAUCAUAGCUUAAACAUUAGUAAUUCCAAUGGCCAUAUUAUAUUUAAAAAACGAUGAAAUAAUGUAGAUAGUGAGUAGGGCUUUGCAUGGAUUAAUAUUACUAAUGUAGAUUUACGAAGCAUAUUUUUAAUUGCCUUUUGGGUAAAUUAUCAAUCUUAUCAAUUUUAGAUUUUCUUAAUAAGGCUACAUAUUAAAUCGAGCUCUAAUGACUCAUUCUGUAGUGUUUCUAUUCUCUUCAAUCAAGGCUUAGAGCACGGCUAGUCCUUACAGCUUGGCAACUAUCAUGCUAAUUAUGCAGCCAGUUGUAUAAUAUUUGUUUUAAAUUCUUUUUGAUAGCAAAAGGGCUAAUGCUUACCUUUCAAUAAAUAAGACAAAUAAUCAAUAUUAUGAGUUGUUAUACAUUGAAGAUUUCUUUGAGUUGAGUUAAUUGGCUUAGAAAAAUAAAACUAAGGAAAUUGAAUUGAUUUAAAAAUUCAGUCUUCAUAUGAAUCGAUGUAAUUCAACUAAAUGUUAAUGCAAGAAAAUAGGGUCAUCUAAAAUAUUAUUAUUUGAUUAAACUGUGCUUUUAAUAUCUUGUUUAUUCAAAGGCAGUUUCGAGAAACACAAAUAAAAUUCUCAAGAUUUAAGAGUUUUUGAAAUAUUCAGUCUUAAAUUCUUAACGUUUAUUAAUAAAUACAAGCAUAAUGCCCCAAAAACUUAUUAAGAAUUAAAAAUAUUUUUUUAAAAAAAGCGAGAUUAUUCAUUUUAUUUCAUAUAGAUGUGUUUGUUAUUGCAGUUCAUACUCUAAGCUUAAAUGCAGAAAGAUGAAGAUUACAAUAUAAAUAAAGAGACCAGAGUUUCCAAUGUGAAGUUAUAGGUGAGCAAGAGCGAAAGAAGUAUAGUCCAAAAUUUGUAUUAAAUGGAACAGGUCAAACAAAAUAUGAUACCACUAUUAACAGAGAUAAGUCAAUUCAAAUCUUAAUUUUGGAAGUCAUUUAAAGAGGGCAAAUUUUCAGACUAUCUUUAAAUUGAAGAGCAAAUUAAAAAACUAUAGAAACUACGAGACGAUGUUAUGUAUCAAUUCAACAUUUAUUAUCAAAUAUUUUAUCAUAACGGUAGAACCUUUAAUGUUCAAUUUUUAAAGGUUAAUGCUUUAAUAAAUCUAUUAUUGUUCAAUAAUGUGAGAAAGUAUUUCGAAAUGGAGAAAGGUAAAGUAUAAAAAUAUCAUUAGAGAGGAGAGAAAUUUUGUAAUUCGAGAAAAGCAUGAACUCCUUUGAAAUUACUAACAUAAACUUUUUUAAAGGAGAAGCAAUAUCAGUUAAAGUAUGCAUAGCUUUUGGUCCGAAUAUUGGUAAAGUUUUAAAUAAGGUAAUAUCUCCGUUAAUUCCAAAAUUUUUUGGAUUUGGAAAAUUCCCUCAUCCAAUAAAUUCGUUCAUAGAUUUUACAAAGGGAAAUAUAAAUACUUUGAUGCCAGCUUGGCUUGAGCCAAUUCAUGAUGAAAUAAUGUAAAAUUAUAUUCGAAGAGGUGUUACAGCAAGAAUUGGCAAGUAUUUUUAAACUUUUGCAAAAUUGUAUGACAAAACAUUGAUAAGAUGUUAAGUCUAUUUGGCACAUAAUUUUAGUUAAGAAUUAGAAGAUGAUUUUACAAUGAUCGGAUGUUUAAAAUCAUUGGAAGAAGAGCAACCGAAGUUUGUUGGAGAAGAAGGCAAGAAACUGAAAAAUAUUGCAUUCAAAGGAGCCCAACACAUUCUAUUUGAUGUGAAUGGAAAUAUAAUGGGUAUAACGAAAGGCUUAUAUAAAAUGAUUGAAAGAUUGUAGAGAUUGGUUACUAAUAAUAAAGGAGGAACCUAUCAUGAUGACGAGCUUGUGCAUUAAAGUGGAUAGAAAUCAGGAUCAGAGAAAUCAUCAUUCGAAUCUGAAAGGUACUUUUAUUAAAUUUAAUCAGUUACGAUGUGUUUGAUUAGAAAUGGUCGAACACUCCAUUGCAGAUCGAUGAGUUUUAUAAUAAAGUGUUGAUUUGGAUGAUUUUACCAUUUAUUUCCAGGGAAAUAGAAUCAACAGGAAUAGAGUUCUUAAUGAAUGGAUAAAUUCCUCCCAAAAAUAGAUAUGUCAAUCUAAUUGAUUUAGAGAAUGGAAAUCAAGUUGUUUAAAAUAAAGAGACCUAUUUAUUUGUUCCUGAAGAUUUAAAUUUGUUUGUUGAAUAGUAUGACAAAGUGAUUACAAAGAUAGUAGAUGACGUGAGAGUGCAAUCUAACAAUUUUUCUUCUGGAAGUGCAUAUAGAGGAGGGUUAAGAAGUGAUUAUUAAGACAGUGAUCAUUAAAGUAUGGUUUAAGUGGUCACUAUUUUUGAUGAGAAACUGUGUGUGUUCUUUUAUGAUGAACAUUUGAAGAGACAUCAAGCAUUAUUAUUUGGAUAGACCAGAUAAUCAGAAAUACAGAGGAGUCAAGGGAGACCAUCAUCAAAAUCAUCUUUACCUGAGAAAUAAACUAUUAGCAGCGAGGAAGAUAGUGAAUAACUAAAAACCAGGGCUGAAAAAAUAUAUUAAGAUAGAUACUCAAAAUACAUUGAGAAAUUUACACCUUAGGAUUUCAACCCUAUUCCAGUAGUUUACUCUGUAUUUUAUGAAGAAUAUCGAUAUAAGAAAAAUGACACCGAUCAUAAACAAUAGAUGUUUGUAAUAGAGUUAAUUGUUAAUGAUUAAUAACUGUUGAAUACAGAAAAAGGGUACAAAAGAUAAUUAAGAGAGACUAUUAAAUAAACAUAUCAACAUUAUCAAUCGAAAAAGAUACUAUUAGAAUAGAGAACAGAGGGAGAUGAUUCCAUGAGUGUAUAAGGUAAUAUCAGUGAAUAAAGGAGUAUACACGAAGGAGAUAUUAUCAAUUACAAUUUCCCAUCUCAUCCUUCCCAUUAUUAUGAAGACAUCUAUUUUGUAGAAAAUCAAUAAAUUCUUCAAACUGAUUAAAUCUAUAGUCCAAGAUAGGAUGGUAAGUCAGAAGGUCUGUUAUUAAGUGAUCGAUCCAGAUGGGGUAAGCCUCUAAUAGAAAAAGAUAAAAAGUCUUAAGGAGGCCAAAAGAAGAGGAGCUAAGUUUCUGUUAAUUCAUAACAUAGCAGAGAAGAAAUUUAAUUUAAAGGCUCCUAUUCGAAUUUGAAGUUUCCCGAAAAAGAGAUUGCUAAAAAAGCUCUGACUAGAAUAAAUCAAAAAAGGAAACAGCAAGAUUUCUUUAAUGAUAAUGAAUCUAAAAUACCUUUGGAAAGCAAAGGUUCCUAGUAAUAAAACUUUGAAGAAUUUUAAGUUAAAUAUUCUGAAGGUUUAAAACUAUUUGAUUCCCAAUAUAAAAUUGUGCAAUAGAAAACUUCUGAGAUGAGGAAUCCAAACUCAUUUAAAAUUCAAAAAUAUUUAUUGAUAACAACAUUUGUUUUAAUAUUAAGUUAUAUCAUCCUUAUUUCUGUUGCAGUAUAAAUGCAAUAUGAUCUAAGUGGGUGCUAUAAUUUGAUUGAAUUAAUGAUAGCUACCUAAAAAUCCUAUUCUCAAAUUACUCAUAGUUUGUAUCGUUUGGAGCUAUCAGAUUUACUUCAAUUCGACAAUAUGGACAUCUUGAAGUAAUUUUACGAAAAGUAAAUCUUUUCUGAAUUGCAAGAGCUUAUUGAUAUUUAGAGCAAUUAAAUUAUUGAAAUCAAUAAUGUGGAAGUAGGCUUGGAUUAUUUCUAUGAUAUAGAAGACAAAGUGCAAGUUAAACCCACACUUUAAUAAACUAUUUAAUUUGCUCUUGGCCAAUUCUAUAAGUUAAAAUAGAAUGAAACCAGUGAUAUUUACAAAUACAAUUCCUCUUUAACAUUUGCAUCCGUAGCCAAUCUUUAGGGUAUUGGGGAAUUACCAUAAAAGGCAUAUGACUACUGUUUUGAUGACAAAGUCUCCAAUGAAAAUACGUAUCAAACUCUUUUAAUCAUUUAUAUGGUGGUCAUCUUCUUUUUGGUUAUGAUUCUAUAAUUUUCCCAUAUUCCAUUAAUUGGAAAAUUAAGAAAGAGUCAUAGAACAUUUUACAAGGAAAUUAUUAAAUUAUAAUAAAACGAAGUAAAUGACGAAAUUGAAAUAUAUGAAACUGUUGAAAAUAUAUUAAAAAAAUCAAUUUAUGAAUGGAUGUUGAUUGAUUUUGUUUAAGAAUCCUAACUGUUUGAGACUGUAAGAGAACAUAGAACAAGUGCCCUAACUCCAGGCAGAGAUAUGCAUACCGACAUAAGUUCAGGGGCAGUCUCUUCAUCUAAUAAAAAGAAUAAGUAUAAAUUGAUGGAAAAAUUGAAGAAAUCUUAAAUGAGAUAGAUUAAAUACUUUGUUAUAUUAAUGGUUGGAUUAUUUGUUAUCUUAGCGUAUUUUCUGAUAAUAUUCUUGGUAAUUUUUAUCUUAUCAAAAGAUCUAUUGUCUAAUUUAGAAAUUCUAUUUAAGUUUAAAUUAGUUUAAUCAUCUGUAAUUAAUUUAAUAAAUAAUAUGGAUUUAGUAGCAUUUUCAAGUGUAAAUGAUUCACUAUUCGAAAACAUCAUGUCAGUGCAAACAUAUUAAGAUUACGCGUCAGUGCUAAGUGGCGAUACAACUGAUUUUUUUGAACAAUACUCAAAUGAGUUUAUUUCUGCACUUACUGAUGAUAAAUUGAAAUAGAAUCUCGAUACUAUGAAUUAAAACAAUGUUUGUGAGACUGGAAUUGGAAUUGAUUGUGUGUCAACUGAUGCUGUGACCUUGAAUCCAUGGCUUCUGCCAUAUUAUUAAUAAGGAUUGAAAUCUUUGUUGACUUAAGUCGAUAAGAUUAUUUCUCAAUAUCCAUAGUUUUUUUAUGAUGAGAAUGUGAAAAAUACUUAGGACAUUCUUUUCGAAUUUUAUUAAAGUCAAGAGCAUGUAAUAUACAUAGAUUAUGGAAGUGAAUUACUAAUAAAGGCUCACAAGCAAAUUAUCGACACAGCCUAUAAUGAAUUUGAUUAAUCUUUGAAUUUUUACAAGCAAACCUUGUUAAUCUUCACCUUGAGUGUAGGAGUGGCUGGUUUUUGUAUUAUAGGUUUUUUGGGGAAUCUCAUAUUAAAGAUGUAAAAAGAUUCAAUAGAAACAUGUUAGGCAGCCUUACUAUUGUUAUCACCUAAGCGAUACCUAAAUAAAUCGAUGGGUUUAUUAACAUAAAAAAAAUUAUGAUUUUUUGUGUAUAAUUAAUAUGAAUUAAGCUAUAAAAAAUUAAGCUAAUCCAUUAUAAUCUAAUUAUGAGCAGUCUCGAGUUGGAGUGGCUUUUGGAGAUGAAUUUGAAAAAGGUCCAGUCUCUUUUAGGUAGUGAUUUGAGUAUCUAAUUGAGAGCUGAAGCCCACUUUAAUGAAAAAAAGGCAAUAGACUAAUAUGAUACACUCAAGAACAUAGUUGGAGAUCAUAUUGAUAUUGACUGGGCUCUGGUGUGUUUCCUCAAAUAUCAACCUGGUAAAAAGGAUGCUCUGAUAUAAUCAAUUACAAAAAUUAAAGACAGACGUAGAAAAUAAUAAUCAAUCAUUAGCUCGUUUUGAAGCCUUCGAAUGUAAGAUCCACUCAGAUGAAACCUAUGUUUAUUUCUCUAUUAAACUCAGAGAGGAUGAAGAAAGCAAAAUAAAAGGAACCCUUGAGAUAAUAUUAGAAAAUGGUAUUUCAUAUUGGUAACUUAAGGAUUAAGAGAAAUGGUUAAGAGCUAAGAUAAUUACAUUAACUUUGAAUUUGAUGCAAACUAUGAUUUUGAAUAAUUAGUUGAAGCUGUAAAUAAAGGGGAAAGGGUUGGAGCUGCUUGUUUGAAAUAAAUUAGGUAAGAUACCUUUAUAAAUAAAGAGCUGAAUUGAACUUAUUUUUGACAAAAAACUUCUAUCAAGGAAUUGAAAAACUGGUUGAGGGAAUUGAUAAAGAUUCAUUAGAAUCUCCUCCUUUGGCGUUCUUAAAACAUUUUAAGGAUUUAGACAUGGAUUUGAGAUUCAGAUCUACUGAUGAACUACCUCAAGUUAUUAAGAAUUAGAUGAUCUUUGGAGAAGAAUUUUAAACAUUGGCAUAGGAAGAAUUAUAAUUGCCAAUAAAUCGUACAAAAUAAGUCAAUGCUAUAAUGGAUGUAAUCAAUCAUUAGUUAUUUAGGCAGCUGCAGAUAAUGGAUUCAUUUAUUUGACUAUCUCAGAUUUAUUAGCUGUUAAAAUUGAUUCUCAUACUCCUAAAUUGUCAACAUUUUUAACAAAAUAUGGAAAGUACUUGGCUAAAUUGGUAGGAUUAGGAGAAUUUGUACCAGAAGCAUGAC